CUCACCGGUCGUGCUUACACUCGUGGAUCCGCGGUCAACUCGGGAACGCUGAGUUACGUGAAGAGGUAGAAUUCUGUUAGUCGAGGUGUGUCGCAGCUUUAUUUACUUCUUCGAGUUCGUGUCACCACGAACAAUUUUUAAUGAAAUGACUAUUUUGAAGUGCGCUGGACUGUAGCAAUAUUUUUUAGAUGAGUGUAGUGCGUAUUCUAUGAGAAUUUGAAAAUUGGCUGUAAUAAAAGGCACGGCUCUGUUUUAGCGGGCUGCCACCAAUAUCACCUACAAUAAAUUAACAGGCUGCAAUGAAGCGACGACUCCUCAUCUACGCAUCCCUGCUGUUGGCGACGUCCUGCCGCCGCUACGCCGCCCAAGUGACCGACUCGAACGCUCAAUUCGACCCCUACAACCCCAACCCGUACAGUAGCCCCGGUCCAGAUCCCAACUUCAACCCCAACAAUCCCGUCCCGCCUCCGAACCAAAACAACAACAACAACUACGACCAGAACCAGUACGGGAACGGUUUCGGCAACGAUAACAACCCGGUACAGUUCCCGAAUCCGAACCAGAACGAUCCGUACGGAACUGGUUACGGAGGCGGUCAAUACGAUCAGUUCGGCAAGACCGAUCAGUUCGGCAGGCCGGAUUAUGCCGGCACGCCUUCAACCCCCUGGGACAACUCCAACGGCUACAAUUUCGACAGGGACACCGCCACGGAGAUCAAGGAGGCAACCUAUUUUGCGGUAGCAUCAAAGUUGGUCAGGCCCGGACAGCUGUACAGGGUGUCAGUAACCAUACUGCAGGAAAAACAACCUAUGGUUGUUAGGGCCUCCAUCCAGAGAAAUGGAGUGGAGAUGUCAGCGGAUCAUAAGCAAGUUAAGCAGGGAAUACAAGAAACCCUGCUGAUGAGGGUCCCCCCCACGAGUGACCCAGGUGAAUACAGGUUACGUUUGGAAGGUCUAUACGAGAACGUACUAGGUGGAUCAGCGUUCGUAAACGAAACAAAACUCAUAUUCUCCCAGAGAUCCAUGACGAUUUUCAUCCAGAUCGAGAAACCCUUCUACAAGCAGGGAGAAAACGUCCGUUUCAGAACCAUACCGAUCAACACCGAACUGAAAGCCUUCAACGAUGCCAUCGACGUGUUCAUGUUGGACCCCAGCGGCCACAUCAUGAAGAGAUGGCUGUCCAGGCAGUCCAAUCUGGGAACGGUCAGUUUGGACUAUCAGCUUUCGGACCAGCCGGUCUUUGGAGAGUGGAAAAUAAGGGUUAUUGCUCAGGGUCAGAUCGAGGAGUCCACUUUUCUGGUGGAGGAAUAUUACCAAACCAGAUUCGAGGUUAACGUGACCAUGCCAGCGUUUUUCUUCAACACCGACGAAUACAUCGAAGGUGUAGUCAUGGCCAAUUACACCAGUGGCGCUCCAGUGUCUGGAAACUUGACGCUAAAAGCCAUCGUUAAACCCAUAGGACCGAUAGACGUGAACCAAAUGAUAAACAGGAAUCGACAAACGAAAAUCUACAACAGGAACCAAUACCACGACGCGAGAGUUUACAAUGAUAGGUACGACAGGUACGGACCUCGAUAUGACGGACAGAGCCAGUAUCAGUCGAACGUGGAUCAGUACAGGCCGAACGUAGAUCAGUACCAACCGAAUGGCGAUCAGUAUCAGCCGAACGAUGGUCAGGAGUACAGCGAUAACCCUAAUGUGCAACAGCCUAUAGUCAAGUACUUGAAUCUGUACGAAGAGUUUCCUUUUUGGUACAAAGUGUCCGAGCAUAAAUAUGAGCCAAUCCCUCAUUUGAAAAUGUUCAACGGUGUCUACCAUUUCAAAUAUCCCAUAAGAGACAUCUUGCCCUUCACCCCGAAUGCAGGUAUGGAGGUGAUGAUAGUGGCCACCGUGGGUGAUUAUUUUCUGGAUGAAAUCCUUGAAGGAUAUUCAACAGCGAGGAUAUAUAAUUCGACAGUUAAAUUGAAGUUCAUAGGAGACUCUCCUCAAGUGUUCAAACCGGGAAUGCCAGUUACUUGUUAUAUUGUAGCGACAUAUCAUGACGGGUCGCCACUACCUCGAGAAAAGCUUCACAACAGUCACAUGGAAGUAACCGCAUCAGUAGACAUGAGGAACGGUGGAGGUCGGAACAUAGCCCCCAAACAGAUUUACAUGCUGGAUGACGGGGAUGGUGUCUGGGAAUAUAAAUUGGAUGUUAAAAGGGAACUGGGGCUUGAAGGUUCGCAAGGAUAUGAAGAAUUGAGUACGAUAAGGUCAAUAAGGGUACAAGCCAAUUUUAGAGAUGCUUUCGGCCAACCUACAACAUCGGAAUUGUUACUUUUAUCCCAUUUCAGUCCCAACGAUCAACAUAUCAAACUCACUACUUCCACCAUCACUCCGAAGGUCGGGGAGUACAUGAUCUUCCACAUCAGGAGUAAUUAUUACAUCACAAGUUUCCAAUACAUUAUCAUAUCUAAAGGAAUUGUCCUUCUCACCGACACUCAAGAUAUGAACGAUUUUGUCAGCACGAUGGCCAUCGGUUUGAGCGCUGAGAUGGCUCCAGUCGCCACUAUGGUCAUUUGGCAUGUGAAUCGAUACGGUUAUGUCACCGUAGACAGCUUAACUUUCCCUGUUAAUGGUAUCAGCAGAAAUAAGUUCCAAGUGUUCCUGAAUAACCUGAAGGCCAGGACGGGACACGAGGUGGAAGUGGCCAUUUACGGCGAACCCGGCUCUUAUGUGGGUGUUUCCGGUAUCGACAAGGCCUUCUACACCAUGCAAGCCGGUAACGAGCUCACUUACGGCAAGGUGAUCUCGAAGAUGGCCACUUUCGAUGAAAACAUAACUUUGCACAGCCAUUCUUGGUUCUCUCACGAAGGCAGUCCAGAUGAAGUUAUGUAUUUCCCGUCCCCAACCUACGGUAUCGACGCUAACAGAACGUUCCAGUACGCCGGUUUGGUGGUUUUCAGCGACGUACCGCUGCCAAACAGGCAUUCCCUCUGUAAUGCUACCCAAGGUUGGAGAGAGUGCUUGAGUGGUAGAUGUUAUAGGAUAGAGAAGAAAUGUGAUUACUAUAUGGACUGCGACGAUGGGACCGAUGAAGCUGGAUGUCAUUACGAGAAUAUAACGGAGCUUGCGCUGUUCAGGAAGUUCCGGUUCAAUAGGAUUCAAAGACAAUACGAGAACGUUUGGAUUUGGAAAGACAUCAACAUAAGUCCGCACGGCAGGUCCAUCUUUAAUGUUCCUGUACCGGCUAGACCCGUUCACUGGAUGGUGUCUGCUUUCUCGAUGAGCCCCUCCAAAGGUUUUGGAAUGCUUCAGAGAGCGAUCGAGUAUGUCGGCGUGUUACCUUUCUUCAUCAAUCUGGAAAUGCCCAACACCUGUAUGCAAGGAGAACAAGUUGGCUUACGUGUGACAGUCUUCAAUUAUAUGACGACGAAUAUAGAGGCUCAAGUUGUUCUUAACGGUUCACCGGAUUAUAAAUUCGUUCAUGUGGAGGAGAACGGUGUCGUCAGAGCUUACAACCCCAGGACUUCCUAUGGGGAACAUCAAUUCUUCAUAUUCAUUAAGGCUCAAGAUGCGCAAGUUGUUUAUAUUCCAAUCGUUCCUCAACGUUUGGGAGACAUUAUUGUCAGUGUGCAUGCUUCUACUCUCAUAGGGGAAGACAGAGCUACUAGGACUUUGCAUGUGGAGUCUGACGGUGUACCGCAAUACAGGCAUCAAUCCGUACUUCUCGAUCUCAGCAACAGAGCCUUCACCUUCCAAUACAUGCACGUCAACAUAACGGAAACGCCGAUAAUCCCCUACCAAUACGACAGGUACUACGUGUACGGAUCCAACAAAGCCAGGGUUUCCGUGGUGGGAGACGUGGUAGGCCCCAUAUUCCCCACGAUGCCCGUCAAUGCGACCUCUCUGCUCCAUCUGCCGAUGGACUCGGCGGAACAGAACAUAUUCUCCUUCGCCGCCAACAUGUACACCACGCUUUACAUGCGUUACACGCAGCAGAGGAACAGGACCUUGGAGAAACUGGCGUUUUACUACAUGAACAUCGGGUAUCAGAGACAGCUGUCCUUCAUGCAGCCCGACGGGUCUUUCAGCUUGUUCAGGAGUGAUUGGAAUCAGUCUGCGCCUUCGGUGUGGGUGACGGCUUAUGCUGCUAGGAUCUUCCAGGAAGCAAGCUUUUACGAGUGGGAAAACUACAUCUACAUCGACCCAAUGGUGAUCGCCAAAGCUGUGGAUUGGGUGUUGAAGCAUCAGAACCAAUACGGGGCGUUUUACGAAACCACGUGGUUGCCCGACAGGAAAUACAAUUAUACGCUGAAUAUAGACAACGAUGAUAUCUCCCACAGGAAUAUAACUUUAACUGCCCAUGUGUUGAUUACGUUAGAGGCCGUCAAAGAUCUAACUAGUGGGCUCAGCGGUAAGGUCGUGACGGCGCAAAAGAAGGCCAUCCAGUGGCUCGAAAGGAACAUGCAGCUUCUGAGCGAGAAGGGUAGACCCUUUGACGUAGCUCUCGUGGCUUACGCGCUGAUGAAGAGCAAGGCUCCGAACGCUGAAACCGCCUUCAUAGAAUUGUCCAGACGGCAGAGAUUCGACGGAGGGCUUUUAUAUUGGGGAAGGAAGAGAAUACCUCAACCGCCCUCGAAGAUCGAGAAUCAGAAGCCUUUCCUGCUGCCUCGUCUGCCUUACGAAUACGAUUCGGAGAACAUCGAAACGACCGCGUUAGCGCUGUUGGUUUACGUCGCUCGUCAGGAGAUCUACGUGGAUAAUAUCGUGAGAUGGCUAAAUACCCAGAGGUUGAGUGAUGGAGGAUGGGCCUCAACAUCAGACACAGCGUACGCCAUGAAGGCUCUGAUAGAAUACACGUCAGCCCAACGUAUUCGGGACAUAUCCAGCCUCACGGUUCAAGUGGAGGCCACCGCCCUACCCAGGAAUCCGAACAACAGAACCACGUCGGGCAAGAUCAUGCACGUUAACGACAAAAAUAGGGCCAAACUCCAAUACAUAGACAUCCCCAACGCUUGGGGUACGGUGAAGGUGGAGGCCAGGGGUACCGGUUACGCCAUACUGCAGAUGAGCGUCCAGUACAACGUGGACAUAGCCAGGUUUCAAACACCGCCACCGGUGCCUGCGUUCGAGUUGAGGAACAGGCCCGUGUUCAGUGGCAGGAAUCAGUCUCACAUAACCUAUGUGACCUGUCAGAGAUGGAUCAACCUGAAUGAGUCCGAAAGGUCUGGUAUGGCGGUUUUGGAUGUCACCAUUCCUACUGGAUACAUUAUUCAACAACAAGACCUGGACUCGUAUGUGUUAUCUAGAAGAGUGAGGAAUUUACAGAGGGCGAGGUUCCAGGAGAGAAAAGUUCUUUUCUACUUCGAUUAUUUGGACAAUGAAGAAACUUGUAUAGAUUUUACAGUGGAACGAUGGUAUCCUGUGGCAAAUAUGUCCAGAUUUUUACCUAUACGGGUUUAUGACUAUUACGCACCAGAACGAUUCAAUGAGACGAUAUUUGACGCGCUAUCCACAUACGUCCUUGACAUCUGUCAAGUAUGCGGCAGUAGUCAAUGUCCCUACUGCGGCAUCUACAACUCUGCACCAAAAAUGACGUCACUAGUGUAUCCUCUCGUCAUCACGUGUCUCGCGCUGUUAUAUAGCUACUUUAAAACGUAAAAGACCCUUGUUGUUACCGUGGAAUAGUGCAAGUAAUGACUAUAAUUGUUGCGCAAACAAUGAUUUGAGAGUGAGCUGUUAUGGAGAUUUAGGAAAAGUUUGUACCUGUAACAGUUGGUUUAUAGUGAUGUCACCAAAUAUAACAUUUAUUUUAUGCAUUGAAUGUACUAAAAAAUAUUUUACCACUUUUGGACAUUCAAUGCAUGUUAAGUUAAGCAGCGAAUAUAAGGUAGCUAUUACAAAAAAAAACCAGCGAAAACAUCGUGAAUUCGACUUAAUAAAGUACUUUAAUUGAAAAACGAAAUAAAAAUGAUUAGAUUGCGAUAUCAUCUCUUAAAUUGAAAAAAAUGGCCUACCUACAUCACUUGUUUGUUACUGGAUUUACUGUGUCCAGGUUAAGAGAUGAAUUUAUUUUACAAAGGUGUAGUAUAUUUAUCUAUGUAUGUAUAAAAUUUUGAUGUAAAAUCGAAGUUGUAAUGAACAUUUAUUUUUUCAAGGAACUAAACCAUUGAUAGUCAAUUAUAAUUGAGAAUUUUCUAUGUGAUCAAAAUUAGGAAACAGGCAGCUGUUUGGCCAUAUGAAUAUUUCGCCACAUACAUCUCUAGAUUUGUAAAUGGCCAAAUAUAUUGAAUCAGCAAACACAUAUCGUAGAAAAAUGGUUUAUCGAAAAUUUAAAUUUACUGUGUUGUAAGAGGAGUAUCCUCUUGUUUAGAAUUAUUUUUAUUUUCGUCCAAUACAGAAAGAAGCUUAAUUUGUUGUUAGAAAAUAAACCUUGAAUAUUUUUGUAGAAAUGUUAGAGAGUACGUAGUUUAUCUCAAAAAAUUGAGUUUGUAAUAGUAUAUUUUUAUAAAUAUUCCGUGAAAUUGAACAGAAUUUAUCACAGUUGGACCUUUAGGAACCAAGAAAUUAUUGUUUUCGCAAUGUUCAACUAAAUUUUCCUGAUUCAUACUCUUGAUUUUUGCGACAGUGUUGCAUUUGUGUUCAUCGUAGGCAAUGGUGUACUAAAAAAAGAUCAAGCUUGAGUAAAUACUCUAUUUAAUGUUUGAUAUGAACAUUUUUGUUGUACAAUCUCAGAAGAAACCGUCCAUUUGUACUGAUUUUGUUAGUAUAUUUAGAUAAGAGAAAUCUUGUAAUAUAUUCUUGGGUAGUUAUUUAAAUAUCUUUUCUGUUUUUUAUGUGUUUAUAAUAUAAUUUCCACAUUCUAUUUCUCAGAUGUUCGGAAGUAUUUUUUACGCCCUCGACAUUAGUUUUGUAAUAUUUUGUACCAUAAUUCUCCUGAUGCGUUUUCUAUGUAUUUAUGGAAUUUGCUUGCAAAUUGCAUAAAAUUUGAAUAUUUUGAAAAUAUUUGUCGACAUGUUGAAUAAAAAUUUAUUUGAUAUA